GCGGAGGGGCGGUAUAACAGAGGCCUAACUUCCGGGAAGAAGCCAUUUGAUUUUCGGAAGUAGGCCGCUUCACUUCCGGGAGCUGCCUGAGCGGGCUGAGCAGGAUGUUGGUGUUAGUAUUGGGAGACCUUCACAUUCCACAUCGAUGCAACAGCCUCCCGGCCAAGUUCAAAAAGCUGCUUGUUCCAGGGAAGAUCCAGCACAUCCUCUGCACGGGAAACCUCUGCACCAAGGACACUUAUGACUACCUCAAGACCCUGGCUGGGGAUGUUCAUGUUGUCAGAGGGGACUUUGACGAGAACCUGAAUUAUCCUGAACAGAAAGUUGUAACUGUUGGACAGUUCAAAAUUGGUCUGAUUCACGGCCACCAGGUCAUUCCUUGGGGUGACAUGGCCAGCCUGGCGUUGUUACAGAGGCAGUUUGAUGUGGACAUCCUCAUUUCAGGCCAUACACACAAAUUUGAGGCAUUUGAACAUGAAAACAAGUUCUAUAUCAAUCCAGGAUCAGCUACAGGAGCUUAUCAUGCCUUAGAGAACAACAUCAUUCCUUCGUUUGUGCUGAUGGAUAUCCAGGCUUCCACAGUGGUUACGUACGUCUAUCAGCUGAUUGGAGAUGAUGUGAAAGUAGAAAGAAUCGAGUACAAAAAAUCCUAAGAUACAUUUCCUUGUGUGGCAUUUUUACUGUCUCAUUCCAGACCUGCAUGUUACUACGAUCCUUGGUUGCUUGUUUACAGACCUACACUUAAUGUUUAACAGCUUAACAGUGUAACAUCUCGGUAAUAACUUUAAAACAUUGUUUUCUUUUCUCUGUAUGAAUUGAUUUGUAAACUAUGUCACUAACUGAUGAAGUACAGUUCCUUCACGUUGUCAUAAAUCCCCCUUCAAACUAAAACAAAACUUUAUGAACUGCUGAAGAAACAGCAGUAGUGGGAACAGGAGUAGUAAUUUCACUGCAGGAAACUGAACUUGAGUCUUUGUAAUACUCAGAGCACUGCCGUGCUAUAGGGAACGACAGUCUCAUUAAAUCUGUGAACAGUGACGAGCUUUCCUUUAUUUAUGGCUUAUAUUUGAUAUCAAGUCUACCCACUUUGCUCUGUGUAAACAGGUGUUAAAUAAUGUAAUUCCAUACAGCACUUGUACUGCUGCUGAAGGCUGAAAAGUUGAAAGACUGGGGCUUGUCUCCUAGUCUCAGGUACCUGCAGGGAACUGAAUGUAUUUUAACAGCUGUUACUUCUUAAGGCUGCUGAUUUUCCAAUAUAAAUAAAGAUGUCUCUGCACAAUGUCUAGGGUUUAGAAUGGUGGCCUGUUUCCUUUGCUUGUGUUGUCCUUGGCAGCAAAAGAAAUGGUCGUGGAAUGUUUGUGCAGAAGGCUGUGCUGCAGCUGUCACAAAGGUUUGUGUGAAACAGAUGAGUUAUCCAUGAAACAUCAAGGAUCAGUAGAACCUUUAGUUCUGUGUCAUUAAUUUUGGCUAAAAACCUUACUUCUAUUUGAAAUAAACCUGCUUUGCUUACAAAAAGACUCUUUGAGCCUGGUAACUCAGGACACUUUGGUUAUCUGCUGUUUCAUGCAGUGAAAUUCACGCUCCUUGAAUUCUGCAUGUCUACAGCAGGAAAAACAUCACCAACUUUUCUUGACAAAUCUCUGUACAUUAAAGCUGAUAAAAGAUCAAGUUCA